AUGGAAAAUGUUGCUUUGGCAAUGAUGUUGUGCUGUCAGAAAGUGGUACCUGAGUCACAUUGGCAGCAAUAUAUUAAAGUACUUCCUGAAAGUUUCGAUACUCCUCUCUUCUUCACUGUUGAACAGUUGCAGUUUUUACGUCCAUCUCCAUUAUUCGAAGAAUCAUUGUUGCUGUAUCGAAAUGUUUCCAGACAAUUUAUUCAUUUUUUAUUGGAAAUCAUACGUAGUGAUGAAUUUCGUCAUAGAAAGAAGAAAUCCAAAGAAGAAAUGUCAAAGCUAGAGCCAAUAUAUGUUAAUUCUCCUCUUACUGCAUCAAAUUUCACAUUCAAUCUAUACCGGUGGUCCGUUGCCUGCAUUUCAACACGUAUUAAUAUGAUACCGAGCGAAAUAUUGAAAGAUUCCACAGGUCAACCACGGAUGAUACCUGGAUUGAUACCAUUUCUGGAUAUGGCAAAUCACAGUUACACUGAUGAUGCUUUCCGUGAAGCAGUACACUUUUCGGAUGAAUUUGAUUGUGCAGAAAUCAUUGCUAUUCGAGAUUACAAACCUUUAGAAUCCGUGAAUAUUUUCUAUGGUUGGCGAAGUAAUCGUGAUUUUCUGUUGCAUAAUGGUUUUGUACCUCUCGAGAAAAACGUUCGAGAUACUUACAAAUUGAAAAUUGGACUUCCAAAAUCGAAACGUGAAGAUGCACGCAUGUGUCUGUUUCAUGUCCUUGGUUUCGUUGCUGAAUCGACAAUUUUUGCUUUCGAACUAAGCAUAUAUGAGCCACACUUCCACGACUCAUUAUUCCGUUUUGCUCAAAUAUAUGUUUUAGAUAAAAUCCCUUCAGAACCUGAACAAGUGGAGGAGGCGUUAAGCUCUUCAGAUAACAUCCGAAAAGCUUGGAGCUUUCUCCAUGAUCGUUUCUGCCUUAUUCUCAGAGGAUAUGGCAGAGUAAUCGAUCCAGUCGAAGUAAAGCGCCCAGAAUUUAGCACCUCCUCUGAUACAAUUCGAAAAUCUAUGAUUGUAAGGUUAAAAUUAUCAGAAAUAGAAAUUUUGCAAAAAGUGGAAAAUUUUUGCGAAAAACAAUUACGAAAAAUAGCUUAG